ACCAGAUAAUACAACACAUACUGCACCAUUAAAUUGUCACCUACCAGAAUUGAUUAAGGAAGAAAGAGCAGUGGGCCAACUACGAAGAGAUCCAAAGAUUUUCCUCCUCUGGGCAUUGUAGAUGACAGCAGAAAGGAGAUCUGAAGACUGCAUCUACUGGGAAAGGAGGAAUAUAUUUACCAAUACCCUAACAACUACGAUGAUAUUUCUUGUGCUUGUUAUUCCUUCACAGUAUCCUCUGCUACUUUAGCCAUCACUCUCCGCUGCCUCUGUCACUCGCUUUGUCUCCACACGACCACCAUGUGACCUUUUGUGCCCAUUCUUCACUUCCUUCCGUGUCAAGAUGAGGUGGUUCGGCUUCCACUUGAAAGUCUCCACACACUCCCACCGCUGCUUCCUCCCCUUCUCUCUUCCCGUGUUCCAUACAUGUAUACGAGUCUCACUGCAUCUCCCAGUCUCCUCUCCUCACUCUCCUUUCCCAAAACCCAAACUUUAGAUCUCGCAGACCUUCAAAUGGCUUCUCUCUUCUCUUCCACCACCAUUGUGAUCCUGCUGCUCUUCCUCAAUGUUAGUCUCACCAUUUCAGCGUCCACCACCACCACCAGCUCUCCUUCAAAGUCACCGAAGACUCAACCUUUGGGCGAAAAAUCCAUCAUUGACACCGGAGAAAAGGGGGGAAAGGUUCAGAGUCCCACUGCACUCAAGAAAAAGCCAAUCUUGGCAACCAAAAACCAGACCAAACUCUUGAAGCCCAAGAAAGCCAACUCCACCACAGCUGCUGCCACCGUCGCCACUGGAUCGAAAACCAGCAACAGCACCAUCAAGAUUAAGCUGGGUAAAAGCCUCAAUGCUACCCUGAAAGCUUCAAAUUCCACCAAGCUUCUCAAAACCAUCAAGCCUAUCAAGUCCAACUCCACCAAAUCCUCCAAAGACCAUCUCAAAUCUCUCAAUUCUACAUCCAAUUCGACCAAGCCCUCCAAAAAAUCUGCUUUUGAUCCGCCCAUUGCCAAGAACAAGACCACAUCCACUUCCAAAGCGACGAAGCCGCAGCAACCCACCAAGCCACCCCCGUCGAAGAACCCUACCAAGACCAAGGCGAAGCCGGAGGAAUCGACAACCUGGAUGGAGGGCGAUGACGACGUCGACGACACGGAUCUCAUUUCCGAUUUCCGGGAUCUCCCCGCCCGCCUGCUCCCGGACCUCGAGCGCCUCUCCACCACCUCCAAGGCCUACAUCUCCGCCGCCAACCGCGGCAUAGCGGAAGGCGUCAAGCCUUACGUGGGCAAGAGCUUCGCCCCGAAAGUUGCCGCCGUGCUCUCCUCGAUCUUCCUCGCGCUCCCCCUGCUCCUGCUCACCCUCCUCUUCCGCCGCUUCCGGGACUACCUCUCCCUCCACCGCCUCCUUCUCUUCAUCCAGGCCUACCUCGCCAUCUACUUCGCCACCCUCGCCGUGACCGCCCUGGCGACAGGGCUGGAGCCCCUGCGGUUCUUCUACACCACCUCACCAGCUUCCUACACCUGGACGCAGGCAGCGCAGACGUUGGGCUACCUGCUGUACCUGGUGCUGCAGCUGGUCGACCUAGUGUCGGUGUUCUCCGGGGGCAAGGACGCCGGCGGGAGCGGCGCGUCGGCGCGAGCGCUCGCCCUGGCGCAAAUGGUGAUCGGCCUGGCGGUGGGGAUGCACUACUACGCGGCCGUGUUCCACCGGGCGGUGAGCGGGGAGGCGCCGCGGGCGAACUGGCGCGUGCACGGCGUCUACGCCGCGUGUUUCCUCGUGAUUUGCGCGUGCGCGCGUGCGGAGAGGCGGAAGAAGGCCUACUACGAAGGGGGCGAAGAUGGGAAGAAAAGCUAAGUUUCGGGGCCAUACUGGGAAGCGGAUUCCAGGGGCGUAACGGGAAGACGCGAUGGUGAGACAUGAAUUGGUAAUUCUUUUCUACUAUUUAUCUUCGUGUCGUACUUUACAUGUUAUCGACUACAUCGGGCUACGUAAUCAAGCGUAAUAAAGGGAGGAGUAGAUUGGGAAGAGAAA